AUGGCGACGUCCUAUGAAUCGUUCUCACAGAAAUUCAAAGUUGCUUUGAUCCAGCUUCACCCCAAACCUCUUGACCUGGAACACAACUUCAACGCUGCAUCGACUUACAUCCGCGAUGCUGCCGCACAAGGGGCGUCGCUAGCAGUGCUGCCCGAGUACCAUCUAACAUCGUGGGUCCCAGAAGAUCCCCAGUUCGCCGUCCUGGCCCAAACUGCUUAUCAAUACGUGCCCAAGUAUCAAGCCCUGGCCCGGGAGUUGAAGAUCAAUAUUGUUCCGGGGACGAUCGUCACCAUUGAUCCGAAAUCGCCGCCUCCCGCAGCCAGCAACGGAACGUCCGCAGACUCUACCAGACAACCCGUUCUCCUCAAUAUCGCCCCUUUCAUCUCCUACACAGGCGAGAUUUUGGGUAGUUACACGAAGGCAAACUUAUGGAUCCCAGAACGCACAGUUCUCACGUCGGGUCCGGCCUCCGUCAAGGUCAAUCAACAUCAUCUAUCCACAGAGGAGGGCCCACCGCCUCACCUAGAUCCUCAUUCAAUGAUAGAAACUCCCCUGGGACCUGUGGGAAUUGUGAUAUGCUGGGACCUAGCGUUCCCCGAAGCCUGUCGGUCUUUGGUCCGUCAGGGUGCACGUCUAAUUAUCAUCCCCACCUUCUGGACGAGGGAUGAUCUGACCCCGGAAGCGAGGGCGUACGGACCAGAUGUGGAUCUUCAGUUUUUGAGUUCUGCCCUCAUUACGAGGUCUUUUGAGAAUACUUGCGCCAUUAUUUUUGUCAAUGUGGGCGGCCCAAAGUCGGAGGGGUAUGCCGGGUUAAGUCAAGUGGUGUUGCCGCUUGUUGGGAAAGUCCCCGGAUCGUUUGACGAUGGAGAACCAGGAAUGAAAGUUGUGGAAUGUGAUAUGAGGACGGUCGACGUGGCCGAAGAGAACUACAAGAUAAGGGAGGAUCUGAAAAGGGAGGACUGGCACUAUGGAUAUAGUCACGAAAAAUAA